CCCUCCACAAAAUUUUACCGCACCAGCUAGAAAGCGUAGAGAAUCCGAUCAAUUUAGUUGGGGAAUUUUUCGAGUCAACAUCUAAAAUUUGGCAUACGAGUAAAUUGCGUAACUUGUGUCCCAGUGCAGUGUGAGACAAUCAAAGGAGCGAACAGCGAAAAGUGAAAGGACCUAGGCUUGUAUAAUAUUUGAUUUUUACUUGGUUCUUGUAUUUGUUAACGCAAUUGAAUGGCAUUAGUGCAUUACUGCAUGUGGCCAUUUACUACACGCGUGUUUUUUACGUGAUUCUUGGCAAAUUUCUUAACUUUGUCUACAAGUGUUAACCUAGUCUAGUCAAAAUGAAGUGUAUCGUAAGUACCGCGUGUGUUUUGAGUGUUUUGGUUGCUGUUAGUUUCGCUGCUCCGUAUUUUCCUGCACAGUUUUCGGCGUCCUCUAAUCUCCAGAUAGGUGGAAGCAGUGGUGGAGCUCCGAGUACAAGUGUCUCAGCAACUGGUAGCGCUACAGCCGGUAGCAGCACUUCCGGAGGAAGUUUAACAGAUGUUUUAAGUAGCAUAGAUAUUCCAGCAUUGUUACGAAGUGUGAACAGUAUAGUGAAACUUGUUGGAGUCUUCUGUCCUCCGUUAUCGCAGGUUCUCGAUAACGUCAUUCAGAAUGUGACCAGCGUUGCUUUUCGUGUCUUCGGAAGAGCGAUCCUUCGCAACGGCCUUGGAGGUGGUGGAAGCUCCGGUUCUAGCGGAGGUGGCUCCAGAGUUAACGUUGUUCUACCAACUUAUCCACCUGACGACGACGACGAUUAUGACGAAGAUGAUGAUACAUCUGCAAGCCCCGGAUCUGACGAUAAUGUUGACGUGAGAAUUUCUCCAUCCACUACAACCGCAGCAACCGCGCAAAGCGAUUCUGCGGUAAACACAACAUCAACACUCUACACUUCGCCUGCCAACGAUAACGACAAUUUAGCGAAAAGGCACGUAAGGGUGAUCAGAGAAGCAAAGGCAGAAGAAGAAGAAGAAGACCAAGACGGAGCAGAAUCAGCGCCAGAGCCAGCCGAAGAUUUGUCGAAUGUCGACACCGACGAUGCAGACAGAAACAAGAGAUACUCGCCUUUCGGUGCUGCUGGACAUGGCGGAGGUUCCGGAAAUUUCUUGUUCGAUAUAAUUCGGAACACGGCGGACAGAGCUGCUCGUACAGUUGGCACUGUCUACAGGAUGGUUGCUGGCACUGAGAAUUUGGGAUGGGGUUUGACGACCAACACGGCGACUUCCCAGACCAUAACAUCUUACGGUGCUUCGGCUGCUUCUUCAGCAAAGCUUGUUGCCGGCUCUGGAGCAACUGAAGAGUCAGACGAAAGAGCUCAUGGACCUGGAGGUGUUGCGGAAGUUGAUAUUGCUAAGAGCGUCGAGGUAGGACACCACGGCGAGGGAAUUCCUGGACCCAUCACCCGUUUGUUUGUUGUUGCUAAUCGUGGCCUUGCCAACCUCGUACAAGACUUGAUCUUGCGUUUGGCGCAGACCAGCGAAAGACUCGUCAACUUCAAGGCUCGUCUUGUCACAUCUCUCAUCUAAGAAGUUCCAUCGCCAUUAUAUUUUAGAAAGAAUCAACCUCGCUCAUGCAAAGACCUUCAUAAACACGUCGCAUUGUUACCACUUUUGUAAACGAAAAAACAAGCAUGAAGCCUAUGAUUACUAUAAAUUAAUUUAUCAGUUUCUAUUUUUUUUUGUUAUUUUUUAUUUAAAUUUGUAUAUAGGUGAUAACUUUUCUUUUCUUCUUUUCUAAUUUGUAUGGUCGUCUUGCCAUUUCUUCGAAAUUUUGUUAUUCUUUUUCAAUUCUUUUUUAGCUUUAUGUUUAGACUAAGUUUUCCCUGUUAAUUUAGCUUUGCAUUAUCAAUUUUAUCAUAUGUAUAUAACCUGAACAUUUGCUCACUUUGAAUUGCUAAAAACAUGAAAAAUGUAAAUAGAAAUUCUGUCGUCAUGGUGUAGAUAUUUUCUCUAAAUAAUGUAAGUAGUGUAAAUAUUGCGCUAAAAGCACUCUAAACAGGUUAAAAGUUUUGAUUUUUUUUAU